UAAACAACAAAUGGCUAAAUUCAAAGUAGAAGUUAUGUGUGAUAAACACGUGUACACCUACAAACAUGCAAAAUAAUUUAAGUGUGCGCUUGCAUGCCCAAAAAAUUUUGGUCCAUUUAUAGUCCUGGACAUGCAUAUUUAAAAUCAUUAUUUUUUUAACAUGAUUAGAUUAUAACCUGCAGUAACAAGAAACUGUUCAUGAUGUUGGUUUUUUAAUUAUUUUGGAUAAUGAGUUAUGAUGAGCACAGUGCAGAAGCAUUUGGAAGCCCAUCUCAUCUCAAUGAUUUAAGUGAUGGAAAAAAGGUAGAAAGAGAAUUUAGUCACCCUGUGUACAAGAAAAUAUCAGCUGCAAAUGGGCGGAUCAAUCGAAUGACUUUGAAAAACUUAGAAGACGCCUUAUCCUACCUAAAUUUGUCAACAAGAGGAUCUAAAGAAAUUCUACAAAAACGUCUGAAAGCUUACGUGAGAAAAGACAACUUGAAAAGAGACAGUGUGGAUGACACUGCAGCACCGCAUUACGUAGACUACUAUAUCGUGAUUGAUUUCGAAGCGACAUGUGAAGAGCAAAAUCCGCCUGGCUAUGAACAUGAAAUUAUCGAGUUUCCUGCAGUUCUUAUCAAUGCUGACACAUACGAAGUUGUAGCUGAAUUUGCAUCAUAUUGUAGACCAGUUGUCCAUCCAACUCUUUCCGAAUUCUGCAAAAAAUUGACUGGGAUUACACAGGUUCAAGUUGACAGCGCACCAUUGUUUGAAACUGUUUUACGUAGAUUUGAAGAAUGGUUGAACCAACAAAUAAAACCUAAGGAAACAUUCUGUAUUAGCACGGAUGGACCGUGGGACAUCGAUCGUUUUUUAAAACAGCAAUGCAAGCGCUUAAACAUUCAAAUUCCGCAUUAUUUUCAUCGCUGGGUGAACGUACGAAAACAUUUUUACAAUUACUACAAGAUAAAACAAGUCAAUGUUGAACUCAUGUUACAGCAUCUUGGAAUGGAGUUUGAAGGGCGUCCUCAUUGUGGAAUUGAUGACUCACGCAACAUAGCUCGUAUUUUAAUUCAACUGAAAAAAGAUGGUGCAGACAUGUGCAUCAAUGAGACGUUUAGGUAACAUUGCCAUGCGCCUAAAUAUUCUUAAACUAAGAACGUUUGUUAUAACAUUCGUAUCUCUUAAACCUCAGCUUUGUUUUGUGAAAUGCCUCAUUAAAUCUCAUAACACUGUUCCAUGUUUGACGUAAUUUUGAACAUCUUUUUAAGUUAUGUUGUCUCCAAUUGAAUGGUGGCCACACCUCCUAAACAAGUAGUGACCCUCUUAAAAUCUCCUAAAUAACCUGAAGGUUGUACCCAAUAUAUUUAUUCCUCCUCAAGUCUGCUAAAAUUGUUCAUCCUUAAAUAGAUAAUCUAUUUAAGGAUGAACAAUUUUCUUAAAAAAAAUUAUUUUCACGAUUUGAAAAAAACAUAACCAAUAGUACGUAUGUUAGCAAAAUCUUUAUAAGUUUUUCAGUGUUUUCACCUAAAAGUUGGUUAAAUCUCCUGAAUUCUCCUGAAAAUGUAAAAAUUGUAAAGCUGUGGCCAUCCUGAAUGAAGAACUGACAUGUAGAGCUCUUGAAGGUAGUUUUGUUAUUCCUAACAGCAGAUUGGAAGUCACACAUGUUAAUAUCUGCUUCACCUAAGAUGUCAGUAAUUGUUUAUGCUAAGUGGAAUGUUUUUAAGAUAGUUUAAUUAAUGGUUGUUUCUAUGAAUGACCUUUAUAUGUAUAAUGUAAAUAUAUAUUAAAAAACGUUAAAACAAUUUAA